AUGGAGCGGAAGCUGGACCUUUCCCGUCUGACGGACGAAGAGGCCAAGCACGUGUGGGAAGUGAUUCAGCGAGAUUUCAACCUCCGGAAGAAGGAAGAGGAGCGACUCGGGGAUCUGAAGACCAAGAUCGAGAAGGAGGACAACAAGCGGGAGCUGCUGGGCGCUCGGGACCAAGUGGCCGACUCACUCUGCAUCCGCUGCCUGCAGCCCUUCAAGUUCCUGGUCAACAGCAAGCGGCAAUGUCUGGACUGCCGCAUGUACACCUGCAAGUCCUGCAGCCGCUACAACAAGAAGGAGCACGGCUGGGUGUGCGACAACUGCCGCAUGACCAGGGUGCUGAAGAUUGGGACCGUCGGUUGGUACCAUGACAACGUGAGGAACCGCUUCAAGCGCUUUGGCAGCGCAAAGGUGAUGAGGUCUCUGUACAAGCGUCUGAAUGGAGAAGGCGGUCGUGAUGACGACACCCAGAGUAUGCCGGACGUCCGGGACAUGUACAACGGUAUGGAGGACGACCCUGGCGAGGUCGAGGCUCAGCGCUACAAAGUGAUGAGAAAGAACAAACGUCUCCUGUCGGUUCAUCCCAUGGAUUUCGACCCGGAGGAAUACUUCCCUCAUUCGCGCCGUCAGUCCGUACAGCAGAUGCAGGAGGAGCGUUUCUACAGGAACGAGAUGGACUACGACUAUUACGGCCAUCGCGCCAACCGCAGGAAGAGUCUGGACAAAUACGCCAUGAGGCCCGACGAGCUGGUGGACCCUCGGAUGGUGCGCGCUCGCUCGCUGUCUAAGAUCAGUUCCUCCAUGGCCCGGCAGCAGUACGUGGACACGUCCGACGAAGAGGACUAUCAGAGGUUUCCUCCGUCGUACCAACAGCCGCCGCACCGCCGCCGCAACAGCAGGGCGUCGUCGCAGGAGAACCUGGGGCAGGCCCCGCCCAUGAACGACCUGAACAAACGGAUGUCGGCCAUCGAGAGUCUCCUGAACCGCCUGGAGGAGAAGAUGGCGCCUGCUGAUGAGGUCAGAGCCCCACCCUCCUCUCACGGCGAGGAGGAGAAACUGAGGAGGAAGCUGAGCGAGCUGGCGGGGAACCUCAGCGAGAAGUCGUCGGACGACGAAGGCGGAAAGAAGCCGCUGUACACGGGAAAGCGUGCGGCCCGGCUCGGCGGCGGCUCGGCGCUCGCCGCAGGCCUGAAGGACAAAGUCUUGAGCUCGUCCAGCGACGAGGCGCCCACCGAGGCCCAGAAGGUGUAUGUGGCGGCCGGUCAGUCCUUCGACCUGGAGACGAAGCUGCGGCGCCUGGAGCAGAGCGCCAAGAACCGCUUUGGAGGAACCACCGACUCGGAGCUGUCGGAGCUGGAGGACGUGGUGGCGCUGACCGCCGCCCGCGUGCAGAGCGCCGAGAGCGAGGUUUCAGACAUUGAGACUAAACUAGCUGCUCUGAACGCCUCAGGAUCAAAGAAGAAGAUUUCUGGUUCUCAUCAAAGGAAGAAAUCCACACAAGAUUUCCCGAAAUCUAAUGGAUCUCAGUGGAAAUCCAACAUGCUCUGAAAUGAUAGCAACAGCUGCUAAAGAUUUAUCAGCUUCUGUCUGCAAGUUUUAUUCCCCCUACACACACACCCACACACACAAAUAACUGAAGAGUUGAAAGUGAAUUCAUUGAAAUAUAAAUGGGAGUAAGAAUCUCACAAAUGUAAACAAACAUAUAUAAAUGAUUAAAAAAGUGAAACAUUUAAAAUCCUGAAAAAAUUACUUUAGAAAUAGAAAUAUAUCACUGUUUAAAGCAAAAAGCUAAGACACCCAUAUUCAGUGUUGAUUACAUUAAAUCAAAAUGUGUGAUCGUUAAACUGUCAGAUGAUGUUAAAAGAGACAUUUGUUAGAAUAAAUAAAAUUUCAGUCUCUGGAGUUUUGUCCUCAUCCAGCUUCAGUGUUUGAACGUUCU